UAAAGGCACCAGUUGCCAGUGAGAGGGGCUGGAUGCUGCCAGAGCGCUGAUAGGCUGAGGGGGCCAGGGGGCUGUAGCUGGAGGAACAUCCCACAGAGGAGACACUACAAAUUGGGGUGCCAGGGGCACCACGAAGCUUCUGGGAGUUCCUGCUGCAGGAGCUGGUGAUUCUCUGGGGUUGGGAAGCCCAAUAAAUUCCCAAGAUGACGGACCAGCAGGCAGAAGCCCGUGCCUUCCUCAGUGAGGAGAUGAUUGCGGAGUUCAAAGCCGCCUUUGACAUGUUUGAUGCUGAUGGUGGUGGAGACAUCAGCACCAAGGAGCUGGGCACGGUGAUGAGAAUGCUGGGCCAGAACCCCACCAAAGAGGAGUUGGAUGCCAUCAUCGAGGAGGUGGAUGAGGAUGGCAGCGGCACCAUCGACUUUGAGGAGUUCUUGGUCAUGAUGGUGCGCCAGAUGAAAGAGGAUGCCAAAGGCAAGUCUGAGGAGGAGUUGGCCAACUGCUUCCGCAUCUUUGACCGGAAUGCAGAUGGGUUCAUUGACAUUGAGGAGCUGGGCGAGAUCCUGAGAGCCACCGGGGAGCCUGUCACUGAUGAGGACAUAGAGGACAUGAUGAAGGACUCAGACAAGAACAAUGACGGCCGCAUCGACUUUGAUGAGUUCCUGAAGAUGAUGGAAGGUGUGCAGUAAGGGACCAGACAUUCCUCAGGCCAGCUGCUGCACCCAGCCCUGCUCCUCUGCUGUCCAGGGAGCAGCAGCUCCACAGCAUCUGGCCCUCAGCACUGGCUGGGACCUUGCUCCAUGUCAGGGUCCUGGUCUCAUCUCACCACCGGCGGCUGAGCUUUUCCUCCCAUCUGUCACCUGUGGCUUUGAUUCGAGCCUCAAUUAAAGAGGAAAGGCUUGAGCUGCU